ACUGAGAUCCAUACAUUUACAGUUAGCUUCUCAGCCAUUGUGCCAUUUUUAAAAACAUAAGUUUAUGUAAACAUGUAACGUGACUCUAUUAUUGCACAAGACCCUCCAUAUAAAUACAAAGGUCGGUCGAACGAACUUAACUGGUAUUCGCAACUUACUUGGAAGGCUGGGAAGUAAGUCUUGGCGUUUCCGUGCGCAAUCGAUACAACACUGACCUCCAGUGACCCCCGGUGUUUACAAACCAUCCACGCAAGUCUGCUGACAGCUACUGAAAUCGAGUCGGACUGCACAGACAGACGAUGGAAACUGUCCUGAGAUACGUGUCCGCCUUGUCAGUGACCUCACGGACGAUUCUGGUUGCGUCAGUGUUCGGGAUCGCAGCGUACUACCUGCUCCGUAAACGCUAUCGUCUGCCUCCCGGUCCGACGGCUUUACCCCUGCUCGGCAAUGUGCUAUCUUUCAGAGGCACACCAAUGUACCAGAAACUCGCUGAAUGGAGUAAGACGUACGGACCAGUAAUGACCGUAUACCUAGGACCAAUACGCUGCGUGGCUCUGAACAAUACCGAGGUUGUGUUGGAGGCUCUGGUCAAGAAACAGGCGGACUUCGCUGGUCGCCCUCAGACAUAUUCAACCAAACUGUUAUCAGACGGGGCUAAGAGUAUCGCUUUAGGUGACUAUCAUGCAACAUGGCGUUUACACCGGAAGUUGGCAACGAAAGCACUGAGACUGUACACCAGUGGGAAUCGCCUUGAACUUCGGAUGACCGAGUCCCUCAAUAAAGUGGUGGAAGUGCUGAAAGGCAUCAAGGAGCCAGUGAAUCCUCACUUAUACAAUUCCCUCGUUGCCCUCAACAUUCUGUUUGGAGUCUGCUUCGACCAAACAUAUGCUGUCGAUGACCCCAUGUUCAAGAAUAUGUUAUCCAUAUUUGACGAGUUUUUAACCAGCUUUGGUAAUGGACCAUUGGAGGAUAUUAUCCCUCCGCUACGUCUCUGUCCAACCAAGCAGAUGAAAAGAAUGAUUCAGCUCUUUGACGACAUUUUCAACAUCUUGGAUAUAUUUAUUGUGGAACACAGAAACACGUUGUCACCAGAUCAUAUCAGAGAUUUCACGGACAGCAUUUUGUUGGCACAGAAAGCGGCAAUGGAGGAACUGGAUGAAGCGACCAUGUCGAAGAUUACAGAUGAUCAUGUCAGGCAGACUAUCGGAGAUAUUUUCGGAGCUGGGAUUGACACGACACGUCUGACGCUAGACUGGGCAAUAUUGUACUUGGCGUCACAUCCAGAGGUCCCGUCGAAGAUACACAAAGAAGUUGAUCAAGUUCUGCCUAAAAGCGGCACCAUGUUGUUGUCCUAUCGAAACCACCUGCCCUACACUGAAGCCGUACUCCACGAGGUUAUGAGAUUGUCCUCCGUGGUGCCCCUGAGUCUGCCUCACUGUACCAUCUGCGACACCAAGAUAGGUGACAAUGACGUCCCACAAGGAACCAUGGUUCUUCUCAACUUAUGGAUGAUGCACCAUGACCCAGACAAAUGGACAGACGUCGAGGCUUUCAAACCUGAAAGAUUUCUGGACGAGACUGGCGCCAUGGCACCUAAACCUGACAGCUGGCUGCCUUUCUCGGCGGGACGUAGGGUGUGUCUGGGGGAGUCUGUAGCGAAACAGGAACUGGUGCUACUUCUGGCUGGAUACAUGAGGCAGUUCAAGAUUUCGCUACCAGACGGAGUGAAACCAGAUUUCGAGGCUAUUGGUGGAGGUUUUGUCAGAACGCCAAAACCGUUUCAAAGUCGUUUUUGUGGAACGUGACUGAAUAGUGUUCAAUGAACACUAUAGAUGAAUUUUAUGAUAUUUAUAUAUCAAUGUAAUGUAGCAAGUAGCCAUAACGUUUAUUAAAUGCAUGUACUUAAUAGAAAUAGAGCUGCCAUAUAAUUUUUAUACAUUUAUUUAAUAGACAUUUGAUUUCGAAUCAUUAAAUACUAACAGGGUUUUAUUUCUAAAAUUUGACUUGACACCCAUGGCUUUGAAAUUGGGAAUUUUAGCGUCGUUUUACCAAAAGUUUCGAAUUUUCAGUUUUAUUUCAAAAACAUCUUAUUAAGACAAGUUAGAAUUAAAUACGCAAUGCUAAAUUUAUGUAUAUACAUGUAUA